AAAACUGCUCUUCUUCUGAUUCAGAAGCUGGGCCGAGACUUUUGGAGGGUUUUACAGAAGCUGCAAAGGAGAUGGAGUUCGAGAAACGAAAGGCGGCGACGCUAGCGUCACUGCGGUCGGAGGAGACAGACAAAUCACCGAAGGGCACGGUGGACGCCCCGAUCAUACCCCUCCUCGACGCCAUCAACAGCCACCCCAAUUAUUUCACCACCAGCUCCUGCUCCGGCCGUAUCUCUAUCCUCUCCCAGCCCACGCACGUGACAAAUCAGCCCAAGACCAAGAAGAAAGCUCUAGGUGGCACGUGGAUCUUCAUCUCCCACGACCCGGCGGAUGCCGACUCUAUCCUCGGCCUCCUCUUCCGCCCCGACCCGAAUGACCAGAACGACGCACAGGACCAAAACGACCUCGUUUUCAGAUUCGAGCCGCUUAUUGUGGCGGUGGAGUGUAGGGACGUGGCGUCGGCGCAGUCGUUGGUUUCGAAGGCGAUUGCUUGCGGGUUCAGAGAGUCCGGCAUUACGAAUUCGAACCGGCGCGUGAUUAUCGCGAUUCGGUGCUCAAUUCGGAUGGAGGUGCCGCUGGGGAGCAGCCGGGAGGUGAUGGUGUCGAGAGAGUACGUGAGGUUCCUUGUCGGGGUGGCGAACGAGAAAAUGGAGGCCAACAGGAAGAGGACUGAGGCAUUUUUCCAGGCUCUGCAGAGUGAGGGUGGAGGGUUUGUGGGUCCCACCGUUGCUAAUGGCGAGAUUGCGGCAGAUGGACUUUCGGAAUCUGGGUCCAAGGAAGUUCCUGGUGGUUGUAGUCUGUCUGUUGUUGAGAUGGAAAUUGCCGGUGAACCCGAAGAGAAUCUUUUCCUCUGGGGUCAUUCGUCUUGUGCAUUGGAAAUCAAAAACCGGAAUGGUGUUCUUGUGUUUGGUGGCUUUGGAGGCACGGGAAGACAUGGGAGAAGAAGUAGUUCUUGGCUGGUUGAUCCAUUGUUUGGCACUUUGAGAGCAAUUGAUGCAGCCAGCACUCCGUCUCCACGGUUGGGUCACACUUCGUCUCUGGUUGGAGAUUGUGUGUUUGUCAUUGGAGGCAGGGCUGAUCCUGAGAAAAUUUUGAGUGAUGUUUGGGUCCUCAAUACGGCAAAGAAUGAAUGGAAGUUAUUGGAUUGUUCUGGGGACAAAUUUCCUCCCAGGCAUCGGCAUGCUGCAGCUGUUGUAGGCUCAAAGAUAUAUGUGUUUGGUGGACUUAACAACGAUACCAUCAGUUCUUCCUUACAUGUUCUCGAUACCGAUAAUCUGCAGUGGAAAGAGUUGAUUGUCAGUGGCGAGCAUCCAUGUGCCAGACAUUCUCACUCAAUGGUGGCAUAUAGAUCUCAACUUUAUAUUUUUGGAGGAUAUAGUGGUGAGAAAACACUUGCAGACUUGUAUGUUUAUGAUAUCCAAACAUGUAAAUGGAAGAAUGAAAAGGCAGCUGGGAGAAGUCCACAUGCAAGGUUCUCCCACUCAAUGUUCGUCUACAAGAAUUAUCUUGGGGUUGUUGGUGGUUGUCCAGUUAAACAACGUUGCCAGGAGUUAGCACUACUUGAUUUGAAGGUCCGUGUGUGGAGGCAUGUGAAACUUGAAUCCAAUGGUGAAGAUUUAUUUGUGCGUAGCACAGCCAAUGUUGUCGGCGACAAUCUUAUUAUGAUUGGUGGUGGGGCAUCUUGUUAUGCAUUUGGGACAAAGUUUAGCAAGCCCAUGAAAAUCAACUUGCUUCCUCUUAUGAGUUUAGAUGAUAAUAUUAAGCCAGAUGACAGAGAAAUGCAUGCUCAACAUUAUGAAAUGGUGAAUAAUGAGAAAGGUAGACAAUUCCAGGAUCCACGGGCUGAAGGUGUGCAGAGCUUAAGUGAACCUUGUGAUCUGAAUUUUGAGAGUGACUUGCCCAUGGAAAAUGGCAUAAGUCAGCAGGUAGAAUCAUAUUGGAUUCUACAACUUGAAAGAAAAUAUGCAAAAGUAGGCAAGGACAUUUUGAAGAAGUUUGGAUGGUUAGAUCUUGGAAGGAAGGUGUACUCCAGGAAGAGUGGUUCACAUAUAUGUUUUCCUGUGAACGAAAAAUUUUCAUGCGUGUUUAAAGAAAACAAGCAUUCUUUGACAGAUUUAUCUGAAGGACAGAGUAAUCACUUUGUUAAACCAGUUAUAGGACAAGAAUUCUCGGUUAAUGAGGUGAACUGUUCAAAAGCCUUGGACAUUCUAAAGGAAUGUGGUGCUACUAAGCUGGCAGCUGAAGAAGUUGAAGUCAAGAGAGCUGCCAAAUCUUCCGCGAAAGUAAUGAAUGAAAUUGUGGGCUUGCUGAUAAAGGAAGGACUGCCUGUAGAACUCUUAGAGGAGCUACCUGCAAGAUGGGAGCGACUUGGAGAUAUAGUUGUCCUUCCAGCAACAUCGUUCAAGAAUCCAAUAUGGGACUCUCUAGGGAUGGAGCUUUGGCAUGUUAUUUCCAAAUCACUUAACGCUCAUCGCCUUGCACGCCAAGGCCGAGUUGCGUCAACCGCUACAAGGGACAGUACAUUGGAGAUUCUUGUAGGAGAUAAUGGAUGGGUUGAGCAUCGCGAAAAUGGCAUUCUCUAUUCUUUCGAUGCUACUAAAUGUAUGUUCUGGGGCAACCUAUCUGAGAAGCUCCGCAUGGCCUCAAUGAAUUGCAGAAAUGAGAUUGUUGUGGAUUUGUUUGCUGGAAUUGGAUAUUUUGUUCUGCCAUUUCUUGUCAGGGCCAACACAAAGCUAGUUUAUGCUUGUGAAUGGAAUCCCCAUGCUGUUGAGGCACUCCGGCGAAAUGUGCAAACCAAUUCAGUUAGUGACCGAUGCAUUGUUCUUGAAGGAGAUAACCGGAUAGUGGCACCUAAAGGAGUGGCUGAUCGGGUCUGUCUCGGUCUCAUUCCAACAAGUGAAGGUAGCUGGGUCACUGCUGUUAGGGCAUUAAGGAGCGAGGGCGGGAUGCUACACGUGCAUGGGAACGUCAAGGACUCAGAGGAGGAUUCAUGGGCUAAACAUGUAUCAGAAUCAAUAAGUGAAAUUGCCAAAUCUGAAGGUCAUUGUUGGGAAGUAAGAGUAGAACAUGUCGAGAGAGUGAAAUGGUACGCCCCACACAUCCGUCAUCUUGUUGCAGACGUUAGAUGUCGACAGAGUAUCCGAACAUGGCCAAAUUAGUCCUUUGCAUUUUUGUCUUGUAAAACCUGUAACGUAUAGGCUAGAACAACAUCCACAUUUCAUGGGGCCCACCUGGAUUGGCCUGCUUCUUGAUAUCUGAGUUUUGUUUUGAAUUUUUCCUUUUGUUUUUGAUGAUGAAACUAUGUAAAAUUAUUGUCAAUGAAAAUUGAAUUGCACUUGUA